GAACAAAUGUUCCCGAUCUGAUACUCACCUUUGCAGCUCCAUUCUGUACACCUCCUCUCUCUUCCGGCGAUUCCGUCAUGGAACCUGAUGUUAGCAUUGAGACCUCCUCCAUGAUCAGGAUCGCCGUCUUCCCAAUCGGUCCGGUUCCACCGGUACUCCUCCGAGACUACUACUCCAUGCUACUGCGGCACCAGACGAUCCCUCUGUCAACAAUCAGCUCCUUCUACACGGAGCACCAGAAAUCUCCCUUCACCAACCAACCCUGGGAGACGGGCUCGCUCAGAUUCAAGUUCAUGCUUGGAGGGGCUCCGCCAAGCCCCUGGGAGGAUUUCCAGUCCAAUCGGAAGAUCCUGGCCGUUAUCGGCAUUUGCCACUGCCCUUCCUUGCCCGAUCUCGAAUCCGUUGUAGAUCAAUUCACUGCUACCUGCAAAAGUUACAGCUCUGCUCUCGUGCAGCGCUGCUUCGCGUUUUUUCCCGGUGAUUCUCAUCUUCAGAAUGGUGAAAAAAAAGGAGACAAUAUAAUUUUAUUUCCUCCUGCUGACCGUCAGACACAGGAGUUUCACUUGCAGACCAUGAUGCAAGACAUUGCUGCUUCAUUGUUGAUGGAAUUUGAGAAGUGGGUUCUCCAGGCAGAAUCUGCUGGAACUAUUUUGAAGACACCCUUAGAUUCUCAAGCCAGUCUCAGCUCAGAGGAGGUGAUGAAGGCUAAAAAACGUAGACUUGCUCGUGCCCAGAAGACCAUAGGGGAUUACUGCUUGUUGGCAGGAUCACCUGUUGAUGCCAAUGCCCAUUAUUCCACAGCACUAGAUCUGGCAAGGUUAACUGCAGAUCACUUCUGGUUUGCUGGUGCAUUGGAGGGUAGUGUUUGUGCAUUACUGAUAGACCAUAUUGGCCAGAGAGAUGCAGUUUUGGAGGAGGAGGUCAGGCAGCGGUACAACAAUGUCAUCUUGAAUGGGCAUUAUAGAAAAUCUUCCAUGCAAGACAACACCCAGAGAGUUUCACCCCUGAGCUUUGAACUUGAAGCUAUUUUGAAAUUGGCCAGAUUUCUUUGCAGGAGAGAGCUGGCUAAGGAGGUGGCGGACUUGUUGACCAGAGCUGCCGAUGGUGCAAAAUCAUUGAUUGAUGCCAGUGACAGACUCAUAAUAUAUGUAGAAAUAGCUCGUUUAUAUGGCACUCUUGGUUAUCAAAGAAAAGCUGCAUUCUUCUCAAGGCAGGUGGCUCUGUUGUAUAUGCAACAGGAAAACCAGUUAGCUGCUACUAGUGCCAUGCAAGUUUUGUCAAUGACAACCAAAGCUUAUCGUGUUCAGACUAGAGCAUCCAUCUUAAGACAAUCUCAAUCUAGUGAAACUGGACCAGGACAUGCUGAUAGUGGGAAGUUCCAUCACCACUCAGUAGUCUCACUAUUUGAGUCUCAAUGGAGCACCUUACAGAUGGUUGUACUGAGGGAGAUUUUAUUAUCUGCUGUUCGCGCUGGAGAUCCUCUUGCAGCUUGGAGUGCUGCAGCAAGGCUCUUAAGAUCUUAUUACCCUCUAAUUACACCUGCUGGUCAAAAUGGCCUCGCUAGUGCACUCGCAAAUUCAGCAGAGAGGUUGCCUUUUGGAACUCGCUGUGCUGAUCCUGCUUUACCUUUUGUAAGGUUACACUCAUUUCCUCUCCAUUCGUCACAUAUGGACAUUGUAAAACGCAAUCCAGCAAGAGAAGAUUGGUGGACAGGAUCUGCUCCUUCAGGACCAUUUAUCUAUACCCCAUUCAGCAAAGGAGAGCCAAAUGAUAACAGCAAGCAGGAGCUGAUUUGGAUAGUUGGUGAACCAGUCCAGCUCUUGGUGGAGUUGGCUAACCCAUGUGCAUUUGAUUUAAGGGUUGAUAGUAUCUAUCUUUCAGUGCAUUCAGGAAAUUUUGAUGCUUUUCCCAUUAGUGUAGAUCUGCCACCUAACUCGUCACAGGUUAUCACCUUAUCAGGGAUCCCAACUUCAGCUGGUCCAGUAAUAAUUCCAGGAUGCAUUGUCCAUUGUUUUGGUGUAAUUACUGAACACGUUUUUAGAGAUGUUGAAAAUCUGCUGCUUGGAGCAGCACAAGGACUUGUGCUUUCAGACCCUUUCAGAAGUUGUGGGUCCCCAAGGUUGAGAAAUAUAUCUGUUCCAAAUAUUUCUGUGGUUCCUCCAUUGCCACUGUUAGUGUCACAUGUUGUAGGCGGUGAUGGUUCAAUCAUUCUAUAUGAAGGUGAAAUUCGUGAUGUAUGGAUAAAUCUGUCUAAUGCUGGUACAGUUCCAGUUGAGCAGGCAUAUAUUUCACUGUCUGGAAAAAAUCAAGAUUCUGUUAUGUCAGUUGCAUAUGACACGUUAAAAUCUGCCCUUCCUUUGAAGCCUGGUGCUGAAGUGACCAUACCUGUGACCUUGAAAGCCUGGCACCUUGGGUUGGUGGACCCUGAUGCUGGUGGUGGCAAGAGUGCCUCCAGCAGCAUGGGCAGAAAUUUAAAGGAUGGAAGCAGUCCUUCGCUGUUAAUCCAUUAUGCAGGGCCACUAACAAUUUCUGGAGAUCUGGAAACAGAUGAAUCUGCUGUGCCGCCGGGCAGGCGCCUUGUUCUUCCAUUACAAAUUAGUGUUUUGCAAGGUCUCUCUUUUGUGAAAGCUCGUUUGCUUUCUAUGGAGAUUCCAGCACACAUAGGGGAGAACCUUCCCAAACCAGCUAGUGGGGUGGGUACAGCAAUAAAUGAAGAUGUCAGCUGUGGAAGUAAGAUAGAUAAAUUGAUGAAGAUUGAUCCUUAUCGAGGAAGCUGGGGAUUACGUCUUCUUGAACUCGAGUUGUUCAAUCCAACAAAUGUUGUGUUUGAAAUUAGUGUCUCUGUCCUGCUGGAAAAUUCUAGCAAUGAGGAUAAUUUUUCUGUUGAUCAAGUUGCCCCUGAGUAUGCUUAUCCUAAAACAAGAAUUGACAGGGACUACUCUGCAAGGGUAUUGAUACCACUAGAGCAUUUUAAGUUGCCUGUUCUUGAUGGUUCCUUUUUUUCAAAGGAUUUGCAGUCUGAUGGGUCUGCUGGUGCCAAAAAUUCCAUCAUCUCAGAAAAGAACACAAAGGCUGAACUUAAUGCCUCUAUUAAGAAUCUGAUUUCCAGAAUUAAGGUCAGGUGGCAGUCAGGACAGAACAGCUCUGGAGAAUUGAAUAUCAAGGAUGCUACACAAGCAGCCCUUCAGACAUCGGUUAUGGAUAUACUGCUUCCAGAUCCUCUGACGUUUGGCUUUAGGCUUGCUAGAAGUGGUUGUGAAAAAACUGCAAAACCUGAUUUACCAAAAGAAUCAACUACACAAGUUCAUCACUCUUCACCAAAAAGUUCUGUGGUUGCACAUGACAUGACCCCAAUGGAAGUUCUGGUUCGCAAUAACACAAAAGAAAAGAUUAAGAUGAGUCUUAAUAUUACAUGCAGAGAUGUAGCUGGAGAAAAUUGUCUCGAGGGUGAUAAAGCCACUGUCUUAUGGGCUGGUGUCUUGAGUGGAAUUACUAUGGAGGUUCCUCCACUGCAAGAAAUUAAACAUUGUUUCUCUCUGUACUUCCUUAUCCCCGGUGAGUACACGAUGGUAGCUGCAGCUUUGAUUGAUGAUGCUAACGACGUUCUGAGGGCCAGAGCAAGGACCGAAUCGCCUGAUGAGCCAAUAAUUUGCCGUGGCCCUCCUUUUCAUGUUCGCGUGGUGGGUACAGCAUGACAGUUCUUUGAGUCCAUAUUCAGAAUGAUUAUUUCUUGCUUGUUACGUUCAGAUUAAGACUCAGAAGAAGACAGAAACACCAAAAUGCUUUGGCAGUACCAUCCGUUACACGUAUUCUGUGCUUUGUGUAAAUCAUAAUUGAAGCCUACCAUGAAAGUUACAACUUUUCUUUUUGAUAUUUCCCAUUCUCCUUUUAUGGUUACCUUUUAUUUUCCGAUUUUUAAAGGCAC